AUGGCUUCAAUCCCUGUCAUCGUCAAACACCAGGGCAAGAAGUACGACGUCGAACUUGACCCCGAAGCUACUGGCGAGACUUUCAAGUACCAACUCUACUCGCUCACCAACGUUGAACCCGAACGCCAGAAGAUCCUCAUCAAGGGAGGUCAACUCAAAGAUGACACCGCCCUUUCUUCGCUGAAGGCCAAGCCUGGCCAGCAGUUCAUGAUGAUGGGAACCCCUUCCGGUGACGCCGCGUCGCAGGUCGACCGUCCCACCGAAAAGAUUCGUUUCCUUGAAGACAUGACUGAAGCUGAGGCCGCUCAAGUCUCUGGCGCCUCUCCUGCCGGUCUUCAAAAUCUCGGAAACACUUGCUACCUCAACUCAGCACUUCAGACCCUCAAGAGCAUCCCCGAGCUUGGAGACGCUCUCGGCAGCUACAAGGACAACGAGUUUGGCCUGGGUGGCCUCGGCUCCUCCACCGACCUCACUGGUUCUCUCCGCGACCUGUACAAGCAGAUGGGCGAGACCCAGCAAGGCUUCCCUCCCCUCGUCUUCCUCAACGCUCUCCGCCAGAGCUAUCCCCAGUUCAGCGAAAAGUCGAAGGAUGGUCACGGCUACGCACAACAGGAUGCUGAAGAGGCUUGGUCCUCGAUCAUUCAGAUGCUUCGCCAGAAGCUCCAGGAGGGCGAGUCCUCGUCGUCGUCAUCGGGUAACACCCGUGGCAACAACUGGGUAGACAAGUUCAUGGCCGGCACCACCGAAUCAGUUAUGACCUGCGACGAGUCGGAUGCCGCCGAAGAGCCCGUCAAGGGUAGCGAUGUCUUCUUCAAGCUGAACUGCAACAUUCGCGGUGACACCAACCACCUCCGCGAAGGUGUUAUGAUCGCCCUCGACGAGAAGAUUGAGAAGCGUUCCGAGUCUCUGGGUCGUGAGGCUGUUUACACCAAGUCAUCCCGCAUUUCGCGCCUCCCUAAGUACAUGCCCGUCCACUUCGUCCGCUUCUUCUGGCGCAAGGAUACUCAGAAGAAGGCCAAGAUUAUGCGCAAAGUCACCUUCCCCAUGGAGCUCGACGCUGUUGAAUUCUGCACCGACGAACUCAAGAAGCAGCUCAUCCCCAUCCGCGACCGCAUUCGCGAGGUCCGCAAGGAGCAGGAAGACGUCGAACGCGCCAAGAAGAGACAGAAGAGAAUGCAAAAGGAGCGCGAUGAUCUCGCUGGCAACAACAGCGCCUCGGAGCCCCUGGAGAAGCGCAAGGAAAAGGAUGAAGGCUCAUCCAAGUCAAAGGCAGCAGUCGGCAUGACCGCAUCCGGCGGCGACACCGAGAUGGGCGGCACGGAAACUUACAAGACGGAUGCCGAGAUUGAGAGAGAGCGCGCCGAAAAGAUUCUCGCCAUGAGAAAGGACCUCCUCGCUCAAGUUUCCCCUGAACUCGCUGCCGAUGAGUCUGCCAACCAGACUGGUCUGUUUGAACUCCGUGGCGUUAUUACUCACCAGGGCUCUAGCGCUGACAGCGGUCACUAUACCUCGUAUGUCAAGAAGACUGGUCGCAAGAAUGCCGACGGCACUGUUGGCGAGGAAGACGGCAAGUGGUGGUGGUUCAACGACGACAAGGUCAGCGAAGUCGAGGCUGAGAAGGUCGAGACACUGUCAGGCGGUGGUGAGAGCCACUCCGCAUUGAUCUUGCUGUACAAGGCCGUCGAGCUUCCUUCCAAGCAGUCGAUUGAAGAGCAGGAGAAGGCUUUGGCAUAG